CAAUAUUGACCUUCCCAACAUGGCGCUCGCUGCACGGCGUUUCUUGCCUUGAUUGUGAAACAGUUGCAUAAACUCUCCUUAAAAAAAAAAACUGUCAUCCAAACACCUGAUCAGUCACACAUCGCUGAAAACACUCCACGAUAACAUGUUUUCAGCAACUAUCGCACGAAAGGUGGUUCAUUCUGUUUGCCGGGCAUCACUGCGUCCAGCUGUCAGCCAAGUGAUUUCUCGGGGAUACCGUGGUGAUGCUCCAGAGCCGACCAUCAUUGAGAUCCCUCUGCCUCCGUGGCAGGAGAGGACUGGAGAGUCCCUGGAAAUCAAGAAAAAGAGACUCCUGUACGAGAGCCGCAAGAGAGGCAUGCUGGAGAACUGCAUCCUUCUGAGCCUUUUUGCUAAGCAGUACCUGAACACAAUGAGUGAAUCUCAGUUAAAGCAGUAUGACAGACUCAUCAAUGAACCCAGCAACGACUGGGACAUCUACUACUGGGCAACAGAGGCUCAGCCGACACCUGAUGUGUACCAGAGCGAGGUGAUGGACAUGCUCAAAGAGUUCGCCAAGAACAAGGACAUGGAGCAGCGUCUAGAUGCCCCUAAUCUGGAAUAUCUGGACAAGAGCAGUUAAAACUCGUCCUUCUGCCAGAGACUGAGCUCAUCCCAAGAGAGCUGACACCUGAGACCUUUUCAAGACUCAUUUUAAAGGCUCCUGGGAUUCAAUAUUACAUUAGUGACUGUAAAAUGCACAUCACAUAUUGGACAGUUUGCAUGUCAUCAUAAAAAGCUGAUCUUCUUGAUUCAUGUUGACAUAUACUUUAAAUAAACGUACAUUUUCUACCUA